AUGCAGCGUAUCUUGCGUGUGGAUAUUCCAUGCCACCGAGGAGAAAAGGAGGGCGGCGGCAGCAGCUGGCCGUACCAGGACCGGGCGUCGGGCGCCGGCGCGGGCGUCGGCGGCAGCGGCGGCGGGCGCGGCGGAAGCGGCGGCGGGGCGGCGGGCGGCGGGGCCGGCGGCCAGGCGGCGUGGCGGGCGCGGCGCUGGAGGCGGCGGCGCGCGACGCGCUGCACGUUGCUGCUGGCGCUGCGGCCGCGCCCCAUGCGCGUCGACCGCCACCUGGUGAAGGGCGCGACGCGCCUGCUGGCGGCCACGCUGCGCCGCGUGCUGGCCGCGUGCGCCGAGCGCCAGCCGCUGCCGCCGCCGCGCCCGCCCGACCUCGCCGUCGCCUGCUGGGGCGCCAACCGCACGCACGCGCAGAAGGAGUUCGCGGAGUCCUUCACCAAGGAGCUGCGGGAGGCGACGGCGGCGGCGCUGGCUGGCCGGCGCGUGCCGGGCCUAAGCACCUCCGACGACGAGAGCCCUGAGCAGGGCCAGCCCCAGGGCCAGGGCCAGGGGGACGCGGCGGCGGCGGCGGGGGGCGAGCGCCACGACCGCGCCCUCCAGGCCGCCUUCUCCGUGCUCAACCUGGAGAGCAGUGGAAAGUAUCGAUAA